GUAAUAUGUCACUGUCAACAUCAAAUAAAUGUCAAAAGUGGUAUUUUUAUUUUCAAUUUCUCAAGCAGAAAUGUUUUGAUUAAAGUGUAACUUUUGUAUUAUUUAUGUGUUUUGAGAUAAAAUGAAUAGGUUGGCAUGCAUGAAUAGAAGUUUCUUUAGAGUAUUUAAUCAAAAUGUCAAUAGUAAAUCCAAACUUUUAUGCGCUCCUAAAUAUGGAGCACCUACGGUUUAUUUGGUCCGCGCGACGCAUGAACAGAAGAAAACACGGUCUACUAUGAACUAUAUGAUAGCCCUCGGCGUAAUGACCGUCGGUCUAAGUUAUGCUGCAGUACCUUUGUAUAGAAUCUUUUGUCAGGCAUACAGUUACGGUGGAACAGUAGGCCACUCUGAUGCAGAUGAAUCAGUCAGUAAAAUGCAAGCUGUCAAAGACAGACCCCUAAAGAUAAGGUUCAACGCUGAUGUGGCAUCCUCCAUGCAGUGGAACUUUAAACCACAACAAGGAGAUAUUACUGUAGUGCCAGGUGAGACAGCACUUGCUUUCUACACUGCACGAAAUCCUACAGACAAGCCGGUUGUUGGAAUAAGUACAUAUAAUGUGAUACCCUUUGAGGCCGGCCAGUACUUCAACAAGAUACAGUGCUUCUGCUUUGAGGAGCAGCAGUUGAACCCACAUGAAAAGGUGGACAUGCCAGUUUUCUUCUACAUAGACCCUGAGUUCAUGGAGGACCCAAGGAUGGAAUAUGUUGAUGAAAUAGUAUUAUCCUAUACCUUCUUUGAGGCCAAAGAGGGUUUCAAGUUACCUGUUCCAAGUUAUGCUAAGUGAACACUUGAAGUUACAGUGUGAACAGUUUAAUUUAUUUUUAAACUUAACUCAGUAGUAAGUAAACCAAAUGCUACAAUAGAAAUUUAGUUAUUUAUUUAUUUGACAAGGGAUAAAAUGGAAGGAUUAAUAAUUAAAAUAUAAUGACAAAGUCUAUGACUGAGUUUCUUUUCUACAGAUGAACUACUGUAUGUCAUAGUAUGUAGGUAGUUAUUUUUUUUUGUUACCUAAUAAAUGUUUUUCCUAAAAA